UUCCUCGACAUCUUUCUCUUCACAUUUCAGCGUUAGAAGAGCCACCAAAAAGUUCAGAUUGCGAAAGGGGCAAUCAAAAAAGGAGAAGCCAUGGAUUAUCCUCUGGAUUUCCGGUGCCCCAUUUCGAUGGAGGUCAUGGAGGAUCCGGUCACCAUCGCGACUGGCAUGACGUACGAGCGCAGGAACAUUCAGAAGUGGUUCUUUGCCUACAAGAAGAAGACCUGCCCUGCCACGAUGCAAAGCGUCGAGAGCUUUGACGUCACGCCGAACCACACCCUCAAGAGGCUCAUCAUCGCGUGGCAAAGCGAGAAGCGGCCUGGAAACCCCUUGCCGGCAGUCCGUGGAUCAACCGAGAGGCGUGAGCAGAUCGUGACCUUGCUGGAGAUGCUCGAGUCCUCCCCCUUCAAGGUCACCUCAUUGAAGAAGCUCAAGUUGAUCAUCGAGACCGACGACGAGGCGAAGGCCAACUUCGUCCAGUCCGGAGGCAUCCAGAUUGUCGUCCGGAUCAUGAACCAGGUCCUCGAGGAGGGAUCGGACUUCAGCAUCUUCCGAGCGUGUGAAGAGGCCCUCGGCGUUUUGCACCAGCUCUUAUUGUCCGAAGAAGCCAAGAUCUUGGAGAAACUAUCGAAGCCCGAGUCAAUGAAGUGCGUCGCCGCAAUGCUUCAAAGAGGGAGCGCGGAGGCGAGGAUUCAUGCCACCACCAUCCUCAGGCAGAUGGCUCAAAGCGAGACGCAUUGGACUUUUGUCCUCCAAGACCAUGGCAUAGAUCUCUUCAAGUCCUUAUUGGAGCUGGUGUCGGACGAGAUAUGCACAAGGGCGAGCUCAUACGCCCUAGAGGUCCUUGUCGAGAUGCUCUCCGCAUCAAAGAAGAGCCGAGUGAGAGCGAUCGAGGCCGGGGCCGUUUGUGUCCUAGUAGAGCUGUUGCCCGAAUCGAACCGAUCAAAAAGCGAGAAGAUAUUGGCGCUGUUGAAGCUCCUAUGUGAAUGCGCCGAAGGGCGAUUGGCCAUUGUGGACCACGGGAUGGGGAUCGCCGCCGUGACCAAGAAAAUGCUUCACGUCUCAAGUGCAGCAACGAAGCUCAGCGUGAAGAUCGUGUGGCUGAUUGGCAGCUUCCACCCGAGCGAGAGGGUCUUGGAGGAGAUGCUGAUCUGCGGGUCGGUGAAGAAGCUCUUGGCGCUCCUGCACAUCGACGGCCGGUCGUCGACGAAGGAGAAGGUCAUCAAGAUGUUCAAGUUGCAUGGGCAGUCAUGGCAGCGUUGCCCUUGUUUCCCUAAUGAGUUGAAGGGCUAUGUGGGAAUGGUAAAUAGCGCUUGAGAGGGAAAAUGGAAAUGAUAAUCAGAAGUUGAUGUUAGAUACAGGAAUUUAAUACAGUUUGCCCCAUUGAAAAUUAUUUGCUAUAAACUUUUUUCCGAUAAUAGUGAAGUAUGGUGGACAUAGAGUUGAUUUCUAUUGCCUG